UUUUUCAAUCACGAUGCAGCGAUGCAAAGAGUUGGGCGAGCUGCGCGAAUCCAUCCACGCGCUCCUACAAAGUGAGGACAACCAAGGCGAGCAGCACCUGCAUGCUGGCAGCUCUGUGUGCGCAGCGGUUGAGGCAUGCCUGUCUCACGGGCUCAAGCGCGUGUCCUCCACCGAGACGGUGAGCUUGUGGGGUUUGCUGCAGUGGACAAACAUGUCGCAAUUGGAGCGGCACCACGUGUGGAAGCAACGCCAGGAACAUGUGCACGCCAAGGAGCAGUCCAAGGACUGGUACCUGGACAUGUUCAAGGAGGAACUGCAGCAGAUUUCCUCUCUCAAAGUCAACACAUCAUCAACCAUCGACAACCAAAUCGACGACUCCGUCAACCCGCUCACCCCAGGCCUGAACGCAUCCAUUCGGAUCGUCAAUUCGCUGCUGCAUGUGACCACUCCGCAAGGCCGCGUCCGCGCGUGGAUUCGGCAUUGCUGCAACACCCACCUCCUGAGCUCGUGCUUGGCAGCGGUGAUGCACCCCCAUAACCAAGCCGCGUUGAGCACAUACUUUGCCCCUGGCGCCCUCUGCUGCGACGUCGACAUGCGAGAAAUCUUCGUCGGACUCACUUCCACGUUAGAUCGCCUUCAGUUUGGCUUUAGUAUUGAUCGGCCGCAUUUAGACGAUUGCGUUACCAGCGACGACCACGUUGUAGUGAAAAACAGUGUCGCAGAAGCAGAAACGCUGUCGCAGAUCCCUACCCACAGUAUUGCGCGCGUUACCCCGACACCAUCGACCGACCCAAACGCCAACCUGCUGAACCAUGUACUGGACACAACCACCCAGGCCCUGCAUCACCUUCUUCGAGACACGCCGCCCACGGUGCUCAGUCCCCGCGCGCUGGACGAACAUGACGACGGACGACGACCACUCGGACCAUGUGACGCUUUGUUUGGCGUGGCGAUGGCGGCGCUCGUGACGUCGGCGGCGACCUGUGAUGUGGCGCCCUUCGACUGCCGGAUGGGUGUACCCAACCUCGUGGAAGGCUGCUGCCGGCUCAUCGACGCCGCCGCUGCCACUUGCACGCCAGCUUUGUUUGCAUCCAAGAUCCUCAAGGCACGGUUCGCGCAGCUGAUUGGCCAAGUGAAUUGCACGGGCACAUUGAGUGUGUGGAGCAGCGUCCACCACGGCAUCAUCAUCCUCAUCAAGUGGCUGCGGGACCUCCCGGACCCCGUCAUCCCAUCGCACUUGCAUGCGGCUUGUCUGACGGUGUCACAGACGGAGCUGCGGAAUGUGCUCAACCAGCUGCACUGGAGCGUCAAGCCGACUCUGGCGCGACUUUGUGCGACGCUUACUCGGGUGAUUCACGCCCAGUCGGGCACGACAGUGGACACGUUAAGUGAUAUUUUUGGCCGCAUCUUGUUUGCGCCCACCACAUCCGCCACGGAGCUAUCGGCGCAAGCCAACGUCGUGCGCAUGCUGCUCACGUCAUCUUCGGAUGUGUUGAUGGACAUUACACGGGACCUUGUGGACCGUCGAGAGCGGUUGACCCGCAAGCUGGGGCGUAUUUCUGGGAUUUCGCUCGAGUUAGUCGAGGCGUUGGAUCUGACCAAAAACAAGCAUGCGUUGCUGUGGAAGUUGCUUCGGCACUCGUACCCGGGCGUGACUUCGCCCGACCAACUGCGAGGCGGCGGCGUCCUCGUCGGUCGCUGCCUGGUGCACUUUGCCGUUGAACAUGCUGAGCUGGCGACGCAGCUGAUUGGUCAGCGAGUAUUGGGCCACUCCAAGCAGUACCCGCUUCCCGUCGCCAGUGUACACAUUGUGCGGAUGCUUUUGGCAGUGCUAAAGCUACAUGAUUCAACUGUCCAGCCAGGAACCAGUCACAACCAGCAGACAAUCGACUUUGACGUGGAUUCGUGGCUUCGCCGGUGUGAUGAUACCCAUCAUCAGAUUACGAAGGAUGGACAAGAAUUGACAAAAGAGGGUGGAGGCCCCGUGGCCAUCCAUUCUGCGUUGGCGUUGGUGCAACAAGGCUUGUGGCCGUUAUUCGACGACCCCGAUGCAUUCUACCGGUUGUUUGGGUGGAGUGUGCUGCUGUUUGAUCGCAAUUACACUCGGUCAGGGGCCACUUGCAUGGAUUUCAAUACAAUUCUCGCCGAAACCCAAGUACAAGUAUCAUAUCAUUUGAACCAACGACCCACGUCCAUUCCAAACUUGUACCAACUCUGGGCCACAUCGCUCCAGGCCCAAGCCCUGGCCCCGACGAGUAUAUACAUAUAUAUACAUAUAUUAAUAUUUUAUUUCUGGUUAAUAUUGUAGAAGCCAGUGCCCACAUGCGCACAUAUGUCGUCGCGUGGGCGGGCGGCGUGACAGUGCGGGCGUACCCGUCGCAGCAGGCGGACGUUGUCGCGACGAUGGAAGAAGGGGACCACCUGGACACGGUGCUCCAAGCUGGCGUUUGGCUUAAGCUGAGGGAUGUGCCGGGAGGUCAAGGGGGUGGCUGGGUACUCUCGAAACUCGAUCAAGUCAUGCUCGUGGACCCCACCCAAGCAGUGUAGAAGCAGGAAAUAGUAUACUAGUAGUACUAGUAGUAAGUACUACGUACAUGCUAAAUUGUAUUUUUAAUUCGAUUUUCAUCAAGGGUUCC